UAUGUUGGAAUUUAGGUUGAUUCGGAUUAAAAAAAUUAUUGUAGAUAAAUAUGAUUAAACAAAUUCUCUAAACAUUUAUGCUGUUGGAAAUCGUGUUUCUGGUAAAUUAGAAUUAAUUAAAACAGCUAAUAUGGCUGGAAGGAAAUUAAUCAAAAGUCUUUACUAAGGAUCAAAAGAAAUUAAGGAUUACAAAGAUGUUGCUA